AUGGACCACAAGGAUUUGUCAAUAGGAAUAGUGUUCUUACUCCAGAGCACAGUUGGAAUUGUUGGGAAUGUGUGUCUUCUUUCCCGCUACCUCAUCCAUUACUACACUGAACAGGCAUUAAAGACCACAGAUUUGAUUCUUAUACACAUGUUCACAGCCAACUCCUUGAUUAUUCUUUCUAAAGGAUUAUUCUAUAUAAUGACAUCUUUUGGGGUGGUAGGAUUCCUCAAUGAUUUUGGCUGCAAUUUUCUUUUGUAUAUUCAAAGACUAGGCAGAAACAUGUCCACAGGCAUGACCUGCUUCUUGAGUGUUUUCCAGGUCAUAACCAUCAGCCCUGGGAACUCUUUUUGGUUGUGUCUUAAAGUCAAAUCUGCAAAGCACAUUGGUCUCUUCACUUCCCUCUGCUGGAUUCACUACAUGUUAAUAAACAUGCUUUUCCCUGUAUAUAUGUACACCAAGGCAAACAGCAAUAAUCUGACACAUAAAAGUAGAAUGAAAUCCUGCUCCACAUCAGGUCAUGAUGAACUUAUAAGCUCAUUAUAUACAGCAAUUUUUGUUCUUCCUGAAAUUUCAUUUUCUGUCAUUAUUAUCUGGUCCAGCACCUCCAUGGUUAUCAUUCUGUAUAGGCACAAACAACGGGUUCAGCAUAUCCACAGCACCAGUGUUUCCUCCAAAAGAUCAACUGAGUCCAAAGCCACCCACCGAAUAAUGGCCCUGGUGUCAACAUUUAUAAGCUUUUAUGCCCUCUCUUCCAUCUUACAAGGUUACAUUGCUCUCACAUAUAACCCUGGUUGGUUGCUGAUGAACAUUACUGCAAUCAUUUCAAUGUGUUUUCCUACUUUGGGGCCCUUUGUCAUGAGCUGUGAUUGCAUAGUUCCAAGGUUGUGCUUUUCUUGA